AUGCUGGCGCCUCUAGUGGCGGUUCUGGCGCUCGUCAGCGCGGCGUCGACAUCAGCUCAGGUCCCGCACAUCGUCGGCGGCACCAACGUGUCGAUCGAACUCGUGCCGUGGCAGGUGUCCGUCCAGAUAGGAGACACACACUUCUGUGGUGGUUCCAUCAUCAGCAAGUCCUGGGUGCUCACUGCGGCCCACUGCAUCCGUAUAUAUUUCAGUUACCGGAUUCGCGCCGGCACCGCCAACUUGAGAACAGGCAGGCUAUACGACGUCAUAGAGAAAAAGAUACACGAGAGGUACAACAUGCUGGCGUACGACUGUGACGUGGCGGUCUUGAAAAUACGGGGAGAGUUUCGGCUGGGAAAGAAGGCCAAGAUAGUGCCUCUGGCAACCUCCCGUCCGCAGGCGGGUGCUUCAGUGAUGGUGUCUGGGUGGGGGGCGAUGGUGGAGGGGGCCAGCACGACCAACUUCCUGCGCGCCACCACUGUGCAAGUGGUCUCCCUGAGCGAGUGCCGGAGCUGCUACUUCAGCGAGGCGCUGACGAGCAACAUGGUGUGCGCCGCGGUGCCCUCUGGAGGCAAGGACGCGUGCCAGGGCGACAGCGGCGGCCCCCUUGUCCACGGCAAGAAACUCGUCGGAGUCGUCUCCUUCGGCAAGGGCUGUGCGAGACCCUACUAUCCGGGCGUCUAUGCGGACGUGGUUUCACUACGCAGCUGGAUCACCGAAAACACCGGCAUCAAAUAACUGUGCAUUGCGGUCCAGAUGACAGUCGCUUUCGAGCACCAGGCGUACUUCCAUAUUACGCAUACAGUCUUCAGUGUGUCCACUAUAAACCUGUGGGUAGUUACGUGACCUGGAGCGGCAUCGAUGCAUUCGACGUCCCGAUAAGUGUCACGUUGAACUAAAAUUACUGUAGGCAAGCCAGAAAAAUGUGGUUUAUACUCACACAGCAAGUGAGGCGUACGCUACGGUUUCUGUGCUGUCGGGGUCCCGCAUUCGCAAUGCUCACUUUGUCGGGGAUGAUUGGCUGUAACCUGUAUCGAACCGAAAAUUGCUGUUGAGGACUGCGUCUGCAAGAUUCUGUAGCACUGGAA